UUGUGGCAUUCAAAUGGUGCAGAAUAGUGAUAAUUUAGCCCAGCAGAAUAGCUGAAAUUGAAUCGCCAGGGGUGGUAGUGAGAACAGAUCAUUCGUGUGAAAGGAACCCCUAAAACUAUUCAUUAGAAACGUUUAACUUAGUGAAUAUGAUAUCGUUCGUAGUGUUAACAACGCUACUGGUGUGUGCUGUAGCGAAACCACAGAACCAAUUCGGUGCUAGGAAUUUCAACCAGAAUGUGCCGUUCAAUCGGGAUCUGCAGGUUCAGUCACAGCACCAACAGCAACAGCAGCAGCAACAGCAGCAUCAUAAUCAGCAGCUGCACAAUCAACAGCAUAGUAAUCAGCAGCAACAGAUUUUUUCCCAGCAACAGCAGAACCAGCAAUCGAAUCAACAGCAGCAGCACCAGCAACGGUUCGCUCAGCAGUUUCGACAGUCCCAGACUUUGAGGGCACCUCCACCACCGGCAGCACCGCAUCAUCAACCACACGUGCAGUUCAGCCAACGGUUGCAGCAAGCAUACCCUGGUGGCGCUAGACCGUUCGUUCCCAUCACCUCGUACAACAACGACGUGUCGUACGAUGGGUCUUACUCGUAUGGCUACACAACCGGAGAUGGUCAGCAGCAGCAAGCUCAAGGCUACCUGAAAAAUCCCGGUCUGAAAGACCUUGAAGCACAAGCCGUGCAAGGUUCGUACUCGUACACAUCCCCCGAGGGCCAGCUAAUAACGGUUACCUACAUCGCAGACGAAAACGGUUUUCGCGCAGAGGGAGCACACCUGCCAACCCCUCCACCGAUUCCUGAAGCAAUACAAAAAUCACUUGCACUGAUCGCAGCCACUCAACCAGUCUCGCAGAAAUUCAGUCAGGCCUACAGUCAGCAACCGUUCGGAACCAGUCAGAACUACAACCGUUUUGGGUAGCCCCGAGCACCCCGAAGUGACACCCCCACCCUGAAAAGGAUGGAUCGAUUGAAUGCGUGACCUAUUGCGACACUCUUGAACACCAACUCCCGUGGUAAUUACCAGCCUAGCAUAUCGGAAAAACAGACAGAUGGUAGUGCAAAAAAGAAUCUAGGAUGUGAAUGCAUUCCGGUACGAUGUUAAUGUUUCGCUAGUCUAGUACAUACAUAUACACACGUGGACAGUUGGACGCUGGAACCCGUAGAUAGUCAACGUUAUGUGCUUCUCAGUGUAAAUACCUCCUAUCUCUAUGUUCGUUUUAGCCGAUAAUUAGUGAGUAAUGAAUAAGUGCAAACACGAAUU